UUCAGACGUUUCUCCAGACACGCUUGUUUUGGAGGGCCGCUUGGGGUGGGCGCUCAGCCGCCCUUCCUCCCAUUAUGAAGUGUGUCAUUGGGGGCGCCCGUGUCAGAGUGUUCGGAAGGGCUCUGCAAGCCAUUGCAAGAAUCAGCGAUGAAUUUUGGAUUGGCCCCGAGGAAAAAGGACUUUUCCUGAGGACGGUAAAUAGUUCUAGGUCAGCCUAUGCUUGUGUCUUCUUUUCAUCUAUGUUCUUCCAAAACUAUUCCUAUAGAAAUGCAACUGAACUGAGCCUGAACGGGAACACUGUUCAACUCGCAUGUAAAUUAAUAAUAAAAGCAAUCCUGCCUUUAUUUCGAUGCUUACACACACUGGAAAGAAAUGUAGAAAAAUGCAACAUUUAUACAGACUUUAACGAUUGCCAUAUUGUGUUUAAGCUGUUCUGCAAACAUGGUGUCGUGAAAACUCAUAGCUUAGCUUUCCAGGAAUGUGAACCUCUACAAGCUGUAUUUGCAAAACAUUUGUGCACCAAUAUACUGAAAGUCCAGCCAAGGCAGCUGUCUGACAUGCUGAUCCACUUUCCGACUUAUCAGGAUGAAAUAACUUUAGCUGUAACACCAGUGAAAGUUUGCUUCAAGACUUAUACAGAGGAUGAAAUGGAAUUUACAAAGGCAACACAUACAGAAAUUCAUCUCAGUCCUGAAGAAUUUGAAUAUUUUCAGGUUGGAGUAGAUUCUGAAGUCACAUUUUGCCUUAAAGAGCUACGGGGUCUUCUGGUGUUUGCAGAAGCUCUCAGUGCCCCAGUCUCCAUUCAUUUUGAUGUUUCUGGAAAGCCUGUUGCCUUCAGCAUUGAAGAUACGGUCAUAGAAGCCAUGUUUGUUUUGGCCACUUUAUCUGAUUUUGAAAGCUGGACAACUGUUAGUCAACCAACACACCUUGCACAAGGCCAAAACAGGAGCCCUGCAUUAGAGAGGAGUGAUCGAGACAUCAGUUGCAGCAGCACAUCCACAAUUCCAUCAGAGGGCUUUUCCACGGGAGAGGGACGGUUACCACUGGAUCCCAGUUAUAAUAAGUUUCAUUCCUUGUUCUUUGGAGCCGUUUCACCUAGUGAGCAAAGUGGUGCUAAUUUACUUUGCAGUUUGGCCACAGUAAGUGACACAGAAGAGGAUUGUGGCGAUAGGCAACUCUCGCCGACGUUUUAACAGUAGAAAAUGCCUGUUGGCAGAGCGCAAUUUAAUGUCAUCAAGUAGUCUUGUGUUUGGCAUACAGGAAAGUGGAACUUUUGCUUAUUUUAGGUGCUUGUAUUAAACCGAUGCUAUUGCUUUCUAUUUUCUCAACUGUUACUAGUUUUUUUACUAAUGUUAUUUUAUCUUCAACCUAUCAACAGUGUAAUUUUUUUUAGAAUACUUCAGUUAGAUAUGGCUGAAUACAUUUGAAUAAAAAGUAAGCACUUUUUGCCCUACGUGUGCGUGAUCUUCAGUGCCAUUCUUUUAACAUGGGAAAACUUGGGGGAUCCAGGGCUAAGGUACAAUUCUGUAGGUUUUCCUAAAAUCAGCAUAUUACAAUAAACUUGAAAAUAUUGCAGGAUGUAUCCUGUGUACUGCAGCAAUCAGACAAUGUUUCAGAAGCGUGUUCAGCCCUUCCGUCCUCUCCCAUCAUGUCAAGAUGCAUUUGGCUGUUUCAGCCUUUCUCACAGGCAGUUACCCACAGCAACCUAACAAAAAGCAAUUAAUCACACACUGCUGCAAGGCUCUGUCCUUAAGAUCUGCUCCAACUCCUCCAGUGAAGGAGAAUGAGGCUGCUUUUGAAGCAAAGUGAAACAGCUAGCACAAAAUGGAGAACUCAAUUUCUCUAGCAGCAUUGCACUUAUUAACGCCCCCAAACAUCCAUAAAAUGCUUUUCUAGAAAAGCAUUUGCUACUUUGCCCCUUCCAUUGAAUUCCUCAUUAUAGAGAGAUUUUAAAAAUUAAUUUUAGUGUCUCACUGUUGCUGGGUACAUGACCCACCAGGAACGACUUCUGCCCAAGACUGUGUAACAAGCAGAUAUUGUACAAAACAUCACUACAGUCAUCUUAUAUUGCCACACAACAUAGCCUGUUUGAGCAAUAUGAAAUAUGUUUUUAUGAAUUCACCUAGUGGAAGGGACUAAAAGAUAGACAUAUAUCCUCGGAAUAUCUCUUCCUUGGCCAUCAGAGGGACCAUUUUGAGGCCUGAUGAUCUAAAUAGAAAACAAAGACGUAACUGCAACAGAGCCGUUGCCUGAACUUUACAACCACAACUGGUUAUUACAGUCACAUUUAAAGGAAGCUCACGUAUUGUAUAAAUACUAUAUUUAUUAAAUAACUUUACAGUUCAU